AUGAGAUUUCCGGGUUCGUGUAGACGUGGUCAGUUCGAUUGUGGCUUUAAUAAUUGUAUUUCAUAUAAGAAAUUACGUGACGGACAUAGCGACUGUUUCGAUAUGAGCGAUGAAUAGGAGAAGUUGUGUAGUGUGAGAGAUACAGUACCAUGUAAAGGAUAUGGUGAAUGUGUUCUUGUGAAAUGGCUUAUGGAUGGUAAAAACGAUUGUUUGGAUGGAAGUGAUGAAGACAAAGACUAUGUGAUAGCAUUCGGCUUUAUGAGUGCACUGAACUGGAUCACAUUCCAACCAAUAACGCCCAUGCAACAUCCAAAGCCACAUUUUUCCAUCGAACAUCAUUCUCCUAAAAGUGGUGAUACACAAUCCAAAUCAUUGUUACAACCAACUGAGGAUAUUGGUGAAGUUGAUUCUGAUAAAUGGAUGUUGUCGAUUUCACAUCAUUUGAAAACACCGUUUGAUACCCAUAAAACAACUGCAGUAAACUCUUUGUCCUCGUCGAAUGUUGCUACUGAUUAUUUUCAUUCUCAUUUUUCUCAUCACGGCGAUACACCGCCAGCAAAUCCAUUUUCUUCAUUCUAUACUUCACUUAUUCCACUCAGCACCCCUCUUCCAGCAACAACUAAUCCUCCAAUUACUGACAACUACCCUUUAUCAGUACCAACUAAAACCACUCUACCCAGCUCUUUCCCUUCACUAUAUGUGCAUCAUAUCGCUCCUCCAUUCCCACCUACUUCAUCACCACAAAAUGAACAUUUAUUAUCAUCAACUCGCUACGAAUCAUUAACGUUUCUUCAUUCUACGUUACCCACAAGCACCCCUCUACCACUGCACUCCAUGCCCCCAUUAUUCCACGAAACAACACUUUCCGCGCUCUCCCCAUUUAUUGAUCAAUUAAAAUCGUUCGAAUCAUCAUCAUCCUUAUCAUAUCCACUUAACCCAGUGUCCUUGUCACCACCAACAACCCUAACGGACAAUACUAUUACUAAUGUACCUCUGUUAUCAUCUAAUAAUCCAUAUCUGCAUAAUAAUGUGCAUCCUGUGUCAACUCCCGAGUAUACGCUUUCUCCAUUAUCCUUUGGCGUUCCCGCAGAUCGUCUUUCACCUCAAAGUGCAUUCAGCACGAUUCGAUCACCUCACCUCAUUCCAUACAUUUCGUCUUCUGAGUCAUCAUUAUUGAAACUCAAUCAGAACCAUGUAAUACAAUCACCUUUGGGCUCCCAUUUUCAAACAAAACAACCACAGCCAUCGCAGACCAACGAAAUGACCUUUCUAUCUGCAUUACUAUCUUCCACACCAUCCUCUGCAUCGUUGCGAUUUUCGAUCAUUCCAACUCAGCGAACAUCAACUGUUGAUUAUCACCAUUCUACUGCUACGAUAACUAAUGAAGAAGUAAAGUGGCACAUACUGAAGACGAAAACAGAUGAAUGUAUCAAAUCUUUACAAAAGAAAGCAAUGCAAAAAUAUCCGAAUCCGAUUUGCGAAUGUCCAGCGGGACAAAUGCGAGUUGGGAGUGCGCAAAAGUGUCAACGUUUGUUCCAUUUGAUUUGUUCUCCUAUCGAUCUUUUCUAUCGCAUACUGCUUGAUUCUUUAUGGAAUCAACACUGA